AUGAAUGUAUCAUCUGUUAAUGGCUCUUUUGUCGUGAAUGCGACGGAGCGAGACACCUUCACCUCAGCUGUGACUAAGAAUGUGAUGGUGACGGUGCUCUGCAUUUCCAUUAACUACAUCAAUAGUGCUCUGGUUCACACCUUCAGGAAGCACCAGAUCUUCACCUCGAGCCCUCGAUACCUUCUGUUCAUCCACCUGGUGAUAAACGACAUGAUGCAGCUGGCCCUGUCCACCCUCCUCCACAUCAUCAGCUACGCCCUGUACAAGAUCAACGUCCCCUUCUGCCUCGUCCUGCUCAUCGUCACCAUCACCACCACCCUCAACACCCCGCUGAACCUGGCUGGAAUGGCGGUGGAGUGCUACGUCGCCAUCUGCAUCCCCCUCCGCCACGGUCAGAUCUGCACCGUCAGGAACACCUACGUCCUGAUUGGUCUGAUCUGGGCUGUGGGUGCUCUUUCUAUCCUACCCGACCUCUUCAUCCUCCUGGCCACUGAGCCUCUGCAGUUCUUCCACUCCAGGGCGUCCUGUGUCAGGGACAGGGUGUUCAGGAGCAGCUACAGCCUGAAGAAGAGAGACGCAUCGCACAUCGUUUGUCUCGUCUUCGUUUGGCUCGUGCUCUUCUACACGUACCUCAGGAUUCUGUUCACUGCCAAGGGAGCGACUGCAGACUUUCAAAAAGCCAGAAACACUAUUCUGCUCCACGGCUUCCAGUUGCUGUUAUGCAUGAUUGUUUAUGUGAGACCCAUGUUUGAACAAUGUCUGCUCUACCUGCUGCCCCAGAACUACUCCACCAUACGCUUUUCCUCCUACGUCAUUGCCCAGAUCCUGCCGCGCUUUGUCAGCCCCAUCGUCUACGGACUGCGAGACCAGCUCUUCAGGAGACAUGUGAGAAGGUACCUGCUGUGUAAAGUCAGUACGAGCAACAACCAGCGGAAACACGUCACCGGGCCAAAAGUGAGGAUUCAACUGAAGUGACAGCUUCACAGUGACAAACCGCAAACGUCUAAUAUCAAUAUCCAGCAGAGAAACCACGUGUGAUCAGCCAUUUGGUUCUAAAUUCUUCUGAUUAUGUUUUCACUUUUUAAUAUCUAUUAAAUCAUCAGACUAAUACAAAUAAAAUCAACAAAUACUAAAACUCUAACUUUGAGUGAACAUUUCCAAAUUCUUCAGGUUUCAUUUGAAAAAUUCUAAGGUACAACAUUGUUGAGUUAAAAUAUGAGUU